ACCUCACAACCCGAUUCGCAGCCAGCGAGCGAGCGAGCUAGAAAUCCGACGCCAUGGGAGGUAAGUGCCCGCACAGGAAGGUGAAGAAGAGACGCCUCUCCCACAAAACCGCUCGUCGCACCAAGUUCCUCCUCAAAGAUAUCGACGCGGUGUAUGAGGAGCUGAAGAAGCCGGACGAGCAGCGGCGGCCGUUGCCCGUCGACGAGGAUCUCCCCGGGAUGGGCCAGUACUAUUGCUUCCACUGCGACCGAUAUUUUCCGAAUGUCGCCACGAGGGACGAGCAUUUCAAGACCAAGCGCCACAAGAAACGUGUGAAGCAAAUGAUGGGUCCUGCGCCACAUACUCAGCUUGAUGCUGACUUAGCUGCAGGGAUGGGCAUGCCUGAUAAUGGUCCAAAGCUUAUGUCAAUGUGAGCUAUCUGUUUUUGCGCCCAUAUGGAUUGGACCAGCCUUUUUGGUGCAGCAAGGAUUAUCUUCUUAAAUUCUCUUGUUAGUUGGCUGAUGAGUGUAUAUGCAGCUAGUGCUUUGAUAUGGGAGUCUUUGUAGUUGCAUUUGCUUGAGGAAUGAGCAAUCGAGCAUAUUUACUAGACCUAUAUGCAGCUAGUGCUUUGAUAUGGGAGUCUUUGUAGUUGCAUUUGCUUGAGGAACGAGCAAUCGAGCAUAUUUACUAGACCUAUCUGACUGGUGGUAUCUGAUAAAAGGUGAUCUCCAGAAGGUUUUGGCUACUAUGUAUUAAGAAAGGGCAAGUGAGAUUUUGUUUUUGAACAGAAAAUGUGUGUUUUGUUGUGUUAUGUGUCUGAAAUUUGAGUGUCUUCUAAUUUGAGCCACAAAGCACUGACUGGUGCAAAUACAAUUGAUAUUACACUUCUUUUUUU